UACCCAGAUAAGCUGCUUCUCCCCAAGUUCCUUCUCCUGGCGCCAGGCCGCCUUCGUGGACUCUUACUGCUGGGCCGCUGUACAGCAGAAAAACUCCCUGCAGAGUGAGUCUGGAAACCUCCCGCUGUGGCUGCACAAGUCUGUGGGAGAUAUCCGAAAGCCACUUCAAGUACCCGAUCGUGGAGCAGUACUUGAAGACGAAGAAGAACUCCAGUCACCUAAUCAUGAAAUACAUUAGCUGCCGGCUGGUGACCUUUGCGGUGGUACUGCUGGCUUGCAUCUACUUGAGCUACUACUUCAGCCUCUCCUCGCUCUCCGACGAGUUUCUGUGUAGCAUCAAGUCGGGCGUCCUGAGGAACGACAGCACCAUCCCCGAUAGCUUCCAGUGCAAGCUCAUCGCGGUCGGCAUCUUCCAGCUGCUCAGCCUCAUUAACCUCCUAGUGUACGCCCUGCUGGUCCCCGUGGUCAUCUACACGCUCUUCGUCCCGUUCCGGCAGAAGACGGACGUCCUCAAGGUAUACGAGAUCCUGCCCACCUUCGAUGUUCUACAUUUCAAGUCUGAAGGCUACAACGACUUGAGCCUCUACAACCUUUUUCUGGAAGAGAACAUAAGUGAGCUCAAAUCGUACAAGUGUCUUAAGGUGCUGGAGAACAUUAAGAGCAAUGGGCAGGGCAUCGACCCCAUGUUACUUCUGACAAACCUAGGCAUGAUUAAGAUGGACGUCAUUGAUGGAAAAGUCCCCAUGUCCCUACAGACCAAGGGAGAGGACCAGGGCAGCCAGAGAAUGGACUUCAAAGAUUUGGACCUGAGCAGCGAGACGGCAGCGAACAAUGGGGAGAAGAACUCUCGCCAGCGACUUCUGAAUUCAUCCUGCUAAUGGUUUCAUUCUUGAAUUUCAAGCCUGUGACUCCUGUGGCUGACCCACCCCUGUUGGAACCGUAGCUAGUUUGCAGUAUAUGUUUUUGGUAUCGAUGUGGUGUGUGUCCUAAGACAUAAUGGCCCACAGCGUUAUGGAAGAAUAGCUAGGAACGUCCUUCAAGACUAAAUAUGGAAACGAGUAAGUGCUUUGUCUAAAGCCCUCGUCGGAGGGCUAUUAAGAGAGAGCACAGAGCCUUCUAGAGCCCCAGAGAAGCACCGUUCUGGACUGGCAGUGCUGGGAGACCUGGAGCUUCUAGAGAACAAGCACUUUGUUUUGUGAGAUAAUAAUAAACCUGUCAGGAUGUAAUUUAAUAACCCCUUCUGUGUGCCCUUUCUGACUGUUGGACAAGAAGAGCAUUCACUGGCCUACCAGGGAAAUCGACCUGUUCGAGUGCAGCUGUGCCCUAAAUUGGGUGUGACCUGCCGUUUGACCUCAGCACGGACAGCAGCCUGAGGCAGUGCUGACUAAACCCCAGCUAUGGAGCCAGAGUCAUGCCAUGGUGACUCUCAGAAGGAAGGCUUGAGAAACCUUCCCAGUGGGAAACCUGAGUUUAGAUACCUGAGGCAGGAGAACGGGAUUUUACUGACGCCCAUGUGAGGCACACUUUGUCCAAUGAGGGCAGAACACGGAACUGACCUAGCAGUGGCCUUGGCCAUUUGUUUAGAUCAGAUUGAUUAAAUUUAAGCCCAACUUUUAAAAUUGCACAUUGAUUUAUAUAAUCGAAGUCAUUUGAGAAGAGCAUUCCAGCACUGAUAAGGGUUUUGGAGUAAGUCGUACAGUAGGAGGUUAGAACAGACUCUGGCAUUGCUUUGUUUUGUUUGCAUUGCUUUGUUUUGUUUUGUGACACGGUCCCCUGCCUCACUCAGACUCAGACUGCCCUCAGGGUCUUCCUUCCCUCACUCUUCCAAGCUGACCCAGAAUUCGUUAAAACCUGAUUACAUUCUGACCACAUGAGUGUGUUACAUGUUCGCAGUUUAUAUAGAAAUCUUUAGUCUUCACACCUUCCCAGUUUUACCAGGUUUAAAGGGAAGUCCUCAGGAACCUCCCAGUUUACUUUGGGUCAAUCAUAGGAACAAUUGUUUACCUAAUCUAAUGGCUUUUGGUGAAAUCGGAAGUUACGUUAAGUGGUUGUCUGCCUUUGGGGGUGUACAGAAAAGCAGGCUUUGCUUAUACUUUCUACGUUGGGAAGUGAAUAUCAGGAGUGCGCUGGGUGCUUUGAUUGGCACUGUCCCACGAUAUUUCUCCCUGUUGCGUUAUGGUAUGACGGAGAAGUGGUAACUAAGAAACUGGUUUUGUAUAUUUUUACAUUGCCAUGUCUGAGACAUUCCAUUACAGUUCUCUCUGUGUGUGUGUGUGUGUGUGUGUGUGUGUGUGUGUGUGUGUGUGUGUGUGUGGUUUAUCUUUUUUUUAACUUCGAAAUGACCUUUAAAAUAUUUUUUUAGCAUAUAGAUUUUUCUUUUCAAAAAGCUCCGUCUUUUUGUAGCAUAUACCUAUAACGUGUACUUGAAGGCAGUAAAAAACGAUGUUUUAUUUUAGAAGACCAGGAAUGGUCUGAGCUAAUCCUGCGCAACCUUUGGUCGGAAUGUGCUUGGGGACCUCAACCUCUGUUUCAUUUGGCCCUCCUAUUCUCACCCAGAGCUCCGAGAGGACCCACAGCAUCCCGGGCAUCACACCUGGUACUAGCUGUGACAAAUGAACAGGCAGGUCCUCUUUUGAGGGCACCAGAGCGUAGCAACAGGUAGUAAAGACCUAGAUGAUCACUAAAAAACCAUAGAUAGCCACAGGAAAGAUCCUUCCAAAAAUCCCUCUGUAGUGUUGGGAGGAGCCACGAUGUCUGGUCCCCCUGUCCGGAGUCCCACAGAUGGUGAUUUAUGGGGUCUGGUAUUUUCAUAGAGGCCAAUGACUAUUUCAGCCGUAAAGGCUCUCUGAGUCGAAGUUUAGAUAAAGCUAUAUCAGUGGUUUUGAGCAGUUGGCUUAGUCGGCUUCUCUCCUUUCCAGGACAUAAGGAGAAGCCUGUGGGGUGCGGCCCACGGUGCUGUAGUCGAGUUUAUAGCUCCAAGGGGCCGUAUUGGGAUGCCCAGCAGUACCCUUCUGUCUGGUGACCCGAAAGCUGAGAGCACUUCUCUAGUGAUGAUGGUAGGAAUUACUUUGUAAGCACUCUUCCUUUUCUUACGGACAUACACAGACCCUAAAUGACCACCCUGGGGCCACUAACCUUGUUUCCAGUCUUAGGGAAGUACUUCUUUCCUUAGUGGACUCCUGAGGCCUGCAAACCGGAGCCACACAGCGGCGUGGCAGUGAAUAGUACAGAUCAUUCUGGAAGCAGGGUUCUGGCACAUUUGCAGCCUACCAAGGGACACAUAGUAGAGGCCCUCCAGCUCUGGGCGGGGGCUACUUUUAAAGCUACCAACACGUAUUUUGUUGCAGCUCGUGCUUGCCGAAGUGUGAGCCCCACACUGAGUGGGGUGUACCUUGCCCUCGAGAAGGCUCUUGCCCUCUGCUUGAGACUUGGCGUAAUUGGGUCAUGUUUACACACUUCCUGAGAGAAUGCUGCCUUCUUGUUAGUCACCUUCUCUGGAGUCAGACUCAGCAGUCAGUCAGGGAGGCCGGCAGCCUGUGCGACUAGGCAGCCAGCAUUGGUUCUGUUUUCUCUGGAGCCAUGAGGCUAACCCUUUCCUGUCUGGUCCCUGCUCUCCCUCUCCGGCGUGUCAGGAGGAAGGGGACAACAUACCACUUACAGGGCAUCAUCCUGCUUCCCGGUGGCCGUGUUAGGGGCUCCACACUCCCAUGUGUUUUUUGCAUGUAUGUUUUCACAUAUGACAUACCCAAAACCCAGACCCUGUGACUUUGUUCCUGUGAAAGACGGGUGUCUACACCUCUCCUGAUCCGCAUCCUGCCUGGUUUAAUCUGUAUGUGUCAGAGCAGCGCAAAUAGAUCUACAAAGGUCAGGAGCUCUGAUUUGCUGCUGUGUCACCAACUCUUAAGUCAGCUGAGACACCCCAUGCCCUCUGUAAACGCAGGCAGAGUGAGCAAGCAGGGGAAACAGCAGGGAGGCCUGCUCCUUGGCAUUUAGGAUCUGAUUUAAAAGGCACUGGUCUGCUGCAGGAGGAGGAUGGUGGGAAGGCUCAGAAGGGAGCUCAUAGCCUUUCCUGUGAGCAGUGGCUGAGUCUCAGCUUUUGAUGUGGGAUGAGUCACAACCACUUUCCAAGUUCAGCAUGAGUUCAAGGCUCUCUUGCGGUGACGGUGACGAGGGAAGUGGGUGUCUUAAGGCCCUGGUCUCAGCAGUGCAGAAUAAACCUCUUAAAGGAGCUGUGGCUAGAACGUGCAAUUACCAAUUAAUGUUUUGUCUGCAGGCACUGGAGAUGAACGGCUCCUUUGGGGCAAUCACUGGCAUUUUAGCCUUAUUUCUCGUAAGAACAGUGAAAGCCUCUUAGAAGAUUGACAGGGAUGCUAUUGUGUCAAAUGUGGAAUAUAAUAAGUGCUAAUUCGUAGUUGGUUUUCCUGCCUGCAUUAAAUUAGAUGUAUUGUGUUUCUGGGUCCCUUUUUAGCUGUGAAAUUAGUUGUCACUGAAGCAUGUAGAUUUUAAUCAGUCAUUGUUCUUAGGUUCCCGAAACCACAAAGUUUCGUGUGUCUUGAGGCACUUUCUUCCUUGCCCAACCACGGGAGAAAACAGUGGGAUUCUGCAGUGUGAUAAGUGCUCCCUAGGAAAACGGACACAAUCAGUUCCACUUUUUCACAAGUUGGCCUUUUAAAAACAUCAUGGUUACAGUGUGCAGGCAUUCAGUAUAGUGAUGCUCUGUGUGUAAGUUAAAUCCCCUCUCCCUCCUUCCCUCCCUCCUCUGGUGGUGUGAUGGUGGUGUGUAUGUGUGUGUUUGACACAGGGUUUCUCUGUGUAGCUCUGGUUACAGAAUUCUUCUGUUGUUUUCGUUGUUAUUGUUUCGAGACAAGGUUUCUCUGUGUAGCCCUGGCUAUUCUGGAACUCUCCACAUAGACUGGACUGGCCUCAAACUCAGAGAUCCACUUGGCUCUGCAUCCUUAGGUGCUGGGACUAAAGGCAUGUGCCUGGCUAAGUUAAAUUUCUAAUGAUUACUAAUGAUUCUUUUUUUUUUUUUUUUUUUUUUUUUGCUGUGUCAUUUGGUGAAAAAAUCCGAGCUGAUGAAGAACAGCUUUAAACACUUAAGUUCAUCUUCAGUUUCGUUCCACAAAGUCCAGAGACCAAAUGAUGGUGUCAAAAUAACCUUGUAAAGAACAUGUCUGAAAGCUUAUCACACUGCUGAACUUGGUGCUUCCACGGGAGGUGCUUGGAACUCAGUGCUUCCACAGGAGGUGCUUGGAACUCAGUGCUUCCAUGGGAGGUGCUUGGAGCUUGGUGCUUCAUGGAAGGUGCUUGGAACUCAGUGCUUCCAUGGGAGGUGCUUGACCACACACACAGACAUUUCUCUAAAGAGGCUGUUGUGUCUGCAGACAACAGCAAAUGGUGCUUCAGUACUGUGCUAUGUUUCUCUAAAUAAAACUUUCUAAGUAACA